ACUCGCCGGGGAACUAGCCACCAAGGGCGGAGGCAGGGAGGGAGCGACCGAGGCUGGGAGGGGUGUUGGCGAGAGCUCGCGCGCUGUGUAUGGUCUAUCAGAGGCAGCUGACCUUUAAGGAGGAAAUCGCUGCUCUCGGCUCCUUCCUGUAGUAACAGCCGCCGCCACCGCCUCCGCCGCCGCCAGGAGCCCGGGCCGGGAGCGAGCGUCAGCCCCGCAGCCGGACGGCUCUGCGCGACCAGCCCUCUGCUCGCGCUAGGUGAACGGACAUGGCGGGCUGGAUCCAGGCCCAACAGCUGCAGGGAGAUGCGCUUCGCCAGAUGCAGGUGCUGUAUGGGCAGCACUUCCCCAUCGAGGUCCGGCAUUACUUAGCGCAGUGGAUCGAGAGCCAGCCGUGGGAUGCCAUCGACCUGGACAAUCCCCAGGACCGACCCCAGGCCACCCAGCUCCUGGAGGGCCUGGUGCAGGAGCUGCAGAAGAAGGCUGAGCACCAAGUAGGGGAAGAUGGGUUCUUACUGAAGAUCAAGCUGGGGCAUUAUGCCACGCAGCUCCAGAACACGUAUGACCACUGCCCCAUGGAGCUGGUGCGCUGCAUCCGCCAUAUUCUGUACAAUGAACAGAGGCUGGUCCGAGAAGCCAACAAUGGUAGUUCUUCUUCUGGGAUCCUGGUUGAUGCCAUGUCCCAGAAACACCUUCAGAUCAACCAGACACUUGAGGAGCUGCGACUGGUCACACAGGACACAGAGAAUGAGCUGAAGAAGCUGCAGCAGACUCAAGAGUACUUCAUCAUCCAGUAUCAAGAGAGCCUGAGGAUCCAGGCUCAGUUUGCCCAGCUGGCCCAGCUGAACCCCCAGGAGCGUCUGAGCCGGGAGACGGCCCUCCAGCAGAAGCAGGUGUCCCUGGAGGCCUGGCUGCAGCGCGAGGCCCAGACGCUGCAGCAGUACCGCGUGGAGCUGGCUGAGAAGCACCAAAAGACCCUGCAGCUGCUGCGGAAGCAACAGACCAUCAUUCUGGAUGACGAGCUGAUCCAGUGGAAGCGGCGGCAGCAGCUGGCGGGGAACGGAGGGCCCCCCGAGGGCAGCCUGGACGUGCUACAAUCCUGGUGUGAGAAGUUGGCGGAGAUCAUCUGGCAGAACCGGCAGCAGAUCCGCAGAGCUGAGCACCUCUGCCAGCAGCUGCCCAUCCCCGGCCCCGUGGAGGAGAUGCUGGCUGAGGUCAACGCCACCAUCACAGACAUCAUCUCAGCCCUGGUGACCAGCACGUUCAUCAUCGAGAAGCAGCCCCCUCAGGUCCUGAAGACCCAGACCAAGUUCGCAGCCACCGUGCGCCUGCUGGUGGGCGGGAAGCUGAACGUGCACAUGAACCCCCCCCAGGUGAAGGCGACCAUCAUCAGUGAGCAGCAGGCCAAGUCGCUGCUCAAGAACGAGAACACCCGCAAUGAGUGCAGCGGAGAGAUCUUGAACAACUGUUGUGUGAUGGAGUAUCACCAGGCCACAGGCACCCUCAGCGCUCACUUCAGGAACAUGUCGCUGAAGAGGAUCAAGCGCGCUGACCGGCGAGGCGCGGAGUCCGUGACAGAGGAGAAGUUCACGGUCCUGUUUGAGUCUCAGUUCAGUGUUGGCAGCAAUGAGCUUGUGUUUCAGGUGAAGACCCUGUCCCUUCCUGUGGUUGUCAUCGUUCAUGGCAGCCAGGACCACAAUGCUACUGCCACCGUGCUAUGGGACAAUGCCUUUGCUGAGCCGGGCAGGGUGCCGUUUGCAGUGCCUGACAAAGUCCUGUGGCCGCAGCUGUGCGAGGCGCUCAACAUGAAAUUCAAGGCCGAAGUGCAGAGCAACCGGGGCCUGACCAAGGAGAACCUCGUGUUCCUGGCGCAGAAGCUCUUCAACAGCGGUAGCAGCCACCUCGAGGACUACAACGGCAUGUCCGUGUCCUGGUCCCAGUUCAACAGGGAGAACUUGCCAGGCUGGAACUACACCUUCUGGCAGUGGUUCGAUGGGGUCAUGGAGGUGCUGAAGAAACAUCACAAGCCCCAUUGGAAUGACGGGGCCAUCCUAGGUUUUGUGAAUAAGCAACAGGCCCAUGACCUGCUCAUCAACAAGCCCGACGGCACCUUCUUGUUGCGCUUUAGCGACUCAGAAAUAGGGGGCAUCACCAUUGCCUGGAAGUUUGACUCUCCUGACCGUAACCUGUGGAAUCUGAAGCCGUUCACCACGCGGGACUUCUCCAUCCGGUCCCUGGCCGACCGGCUGGGGGACCUGAGCUAUCUCAUCUACGUGUUUCCCGACCGGCCCAAGGAUGAGGUCUUCUCCAAGUACUAUACUCCUGUGCUCGCUAAAGCAGUGGACGGAUACGUGAAGCCACAGAUCAAGCAAGUGGUCCCUGAGUUUGUGAGCGCCUCUGCGGACUCUGCCGGGAGCAGUGCCACCUACAUGGACCAGGCCCCCUCCCCAGCCGUGUGCCCCCAGGCUCAUUAUAACAUGUACCCACAGAACCCUGACCCCGUCCUCGACCAGGAUGGAGAAUUCGACCUGGAUGAGACCAUGGAUGUGGCCCGGCACGUGGAGGAACUCUUACGACGCCCUAUGGACAGUCUGGACCCCCGCCUCUCCCCGCCUACGGGGCUCUUCACCUCUGCCAGAGGCUCGCUCUCGUGAAUGUUUGUUUGAACCCUGCACUUCUCUUUGGAAACGUGCAGGGUUCAUAUUCAUUGUGGUUUUGUUUCUGUAUCGCUGUGCAUAUUGAUGCCUUUGCCGGCAGCACGUGUCCACAUGCAUAUGCGCACGUUUGUGUACAAGGUG